GAGAGACGGAGGGAGAGAAGGAGAGAGGGAGUGUGCUCAUUAGGGGACGCUUUGUGAUUUGACAGCCUCGCAGCGCGGCUCCCGCGCGGCUCCCCUCCAGGCUGAGGCUGUGCGGUCCCCCAGCACUUGCAAAGGGUUCCGAGGAGCUGCGGAGCUAAGUGGUCUCCCCGUCCACAAAGUAGACGAGACCCUCCUGCGGGAUUGGAAACUUGCACUUAUUACUGCUUCAUCCACCCGGGAAAAAGCAGGCAGCGCCACAGAAGAAAAGGGGGAGAAAGCACGGAGAUAAAGGCAGGUCACCAGGAAGAGGAUGUUUUGAGAAGUGCUUCUGAGAAACAUCCAGCCGAUGAAGAUGGAAAACGAGACAGUGAGUGAACUGAACCAAACACAGCUUCAGCCAAGAGCGGUGGUGGCCCUCGAGUACCAAGUGGUCACCAUCUUACUUGUGCUCGUGAUCUGUGGUCUGGGCAUCGUGGGCAACAUCAUGGUGGUGCUGGUGGUCAUGAGGACCAAGCACAUGAGGACCCCCACAAACUGCUACCUGGUGAGUCUGGCAGUGGCCGAUCUCAUGGUUUUGGUGGCUGCCGGCCUCCCCAACAUCACGGACAGUCUCUAUGGCUCCUGGGUCUACGGCUAUGUUGGCUGCCUCUGCAUCACUUAUCUCCAGUAUUUGGGCAUUAAUGCAUCCUCUUGUUCCAUCACAGCCUUUACCAUCGAGAGGUAUAUAGCCAUCUGUCACCCCAUCAAAGCCCAGUUUCUCUGCACAUUUUCCAGAGCCAAAAAGAUCAUCAUCUUCGUCUGGGCUUUCACAUCCAUUUACUGUAUGCUCUGGUUCUUCUUGCUGGAUCUCAAUAUUAGCACCUACAAAAAUGCUAUCGUGGUGUCCUGUGGCUACAAGAUCUCCAGGAAUUAUUACUCACCUAUUUACCUAAUGGACUUCGGUGUCUUUUAUGUUGUGCCGAUGAUACUGGCCACCGUCCUCUAUGGAUUCAUAGCUAGGAUCCUCUUCUUAAAUCCUCUUCCUUCAGAUCCUAAAGAAAACUCUAUGACAUGGAAAAAUGACUCAACCCAUCAGAACAAGAAUUUAAAUGCAAAGACCUCCAAUAGAUGUUUCAACAGCACAGUAUCUUCAAGGAAGCAGGUCACCAAGAUGCUGGCGGUGGUUGUAAUUCUGUUUGCCCUUUUAUGGAUGCCCUACAGGACUCUUGUGGUUGUCAACUCAUUUCUCUCUAGCCCUUUCCAAGAAAAUUGGUUCUUGCUCUUUUGCAGAAUUUGCAUUUAUCUCAACAGUGCCAUCAACCCAGUGAUUUACAAUCUCAUGUCCCAGAAAUUCCGUGCCGCCUUCAGAAACCUCUGCAACUGCAAGCAGAAGCCAGUGGAGAAACCCGCUAACUACAGUGUGGCCUUGAAUUAUAGCGUCAUCAAGGAGUCAGAUCAUUUCAGCACAGAGCUGGAUGAUAUCACUGUCACGGACACUUAUUUAUCAGCCACCAAAGUAUCUUUUGAUGAUACCUGCUUGGCUUCGGAAAUAACCUUUAGCCAAAGCUGAUUCAUGAAUGAGAAGAAAAUGGACCACAGAGUAAAUGAGAAUCUGUGCCGUCAUCAGCCCAAGAGGAAACAGCCAGUGCUUGUACCUGAAGACAGUGCAGAUAAAAUCUUUGCCAAUGCUCUAAUAAAUCCUGGCCCAAGAUACUUUAACCCAUAAGAACACUUCAUAUUUUCCUUCUAGUAUCACAAAAAUGUGUCCCCCGAAGUGGAGCAGAUUGUGAAAGACCCAAAUGAUAGAAAGAGAAGUGUGGCUCUUUCCGUUUAAUCUGAGAAAUUCUCUAUCUUUUCUGGGGCU